AUGAGCUCAAAUCAUCUUAAGGGACCAAUUUUGUCACUCCCUGCGGGUGCAACUCACAUUAAUCUUUCUGGAAAUAAAUUUUCAGGAUCAAGUUCUUUCAUAUGUUCUGCUUUUGCCGAAUAUUUGACCUAUCUUGACGUCUCUAAUAACCUACUCUCGGGAAUGCUUCCGGAUUGUUGGAUAAAAUUUGAAGAGUUGGUUGUUCUUAAUCUGGAAAGUAAUGGCUUGUCCGGAAAAAUUCCACCCUCAAUGGGCUCCCUAGGUAGUAUUGUAACAUUGAGAUUGAGCAAUAAUAACUUCUUUGGAGAGUUACCAAUUUUGAGCAACUGCACCCGGUUGAGAAUUUUAGAUCUUCAGGAUAAUGCAUUAUCCGGGAAGAUACCUGAAUGGAUUGGGGAGAGUCUACCACUAUUUCUGGAAAUAUACCCAAGUGUUUCAACAAUUUCACAGCUUUGCCUGAAGAAAGGAGUUGCCAUAACCUAUGAAUUCGAUUUCAAUCUCUAUGGAGAAAUACAUUAUGUUGACAGUGCAUGUUUGACAUGGAAAGGAAGUAAAUAUGAGUACAAAAACACUUUGGGUUUAGUCAAGAGCCUCGACCUUUCCGAUAAUAAAUUGGAUGGAAUAGUUCCUGAAGAGAUUAUGAGUCUAGUAGGAUUGAUUGCCUUGAAUCUUUCCAAAAAUAAUUUCAGUGGAACAAUUCCUCCCAAGAUUGGUCACUUAAAAUCAUUGGAUUUCCUAGAUCUAUCAAGAAAUCGAUUUUAUGGUGAAAUUCCAUCAAGCCUUUCUCUAAUAAACCGCCUAAGUGUUAUGGACUUGUCAAACAACAACUUUUCAGGCAAAAUUCCAACAGGCACUCAAAUUCAGAGUUUCAAUGCCUCAGUGUAUGCAGGGAAUCCGGAACUGUGUGGCCUCCCACUCCCAAAAAAAUGUCUCGGAGAAGAACCGACCCAAGGUCCAGCUACUAUUGACAUUCCAGAAGAUGAGAUCAUAACCCUUGGGUUUUACAUAAGUUUGGCCCUCGGUUUCAUUGCAGGGUUUUGGGGUGUUUGUGGCAGUCUAGUGCUUAGUCAGUCAUGGAGACAUGCCUACUUCAAUUUCUUGGCUAAUAUCAAAGAUAGGAUCUAUGUGAUAGCAACGAUAAAUUUUGCCAAACUGAAGCAGAGGUUUAAUAACUAA